AAUAUUGAAUUAGACUUGUUAAAAUGUUAUACAACCUUAUUUGCUAUAAGGCAUUUAAUUGAUAGUAGAAUUGAUGCCAGAUCUUUAAGUCCAAGUCAAGGUUUUAUGGAAAUCUUUCAAAAUCUUGAAAAAUUAUUUACUGAUUAG